GAAAAUAAAAUAGUUAACCCAAAAAUAUAGUAUCUCCAUCGCUGUCUCUCCGGAAUUGGUACGUCGGAAUUUGGAAAAAACAGAAGAAAUGUAUGAAUGCAAGGUAAAAGAUUCAUUGCGUGUUAGUUGAAUUAUGCAUAAUUAUGCUAGUGAAAUUUCAUCUUUUCUAAAAUGGGAAACAGUGUUCUUGUGCUGAUCUAAACAGUAUUGACAGAAAUGACUGAAGAUUCAGGCGGUGGGAGUACAAUCAGCUCCUGUUCUGAUGAGGCUUCAGACAUCACAAGUCCUUUUGUGGAAGUGGAUUUCAAUGAUAUUGAGUUUUAUGAGAGAUGUGGUGGAGGUGCUUUUGGGUGUGUUUACAGAGCACUCUGGAAGUCUCAAAAUAAAAUUGUUGCUGUUAAAAAGUUAUUGGUAUUAGAAAAAGAGGCUCAAGUGCUAAGUUUAUUGAGUCACAAGAAUAUUAUUAAAUUUUUUGGAGCUGUAACAAUAUCACCUAAUUAUUGCAUAAUUACAGAAUAUUCUGAAAAUGGAUCCUUGUUUGCUUUCCUGGGAGAACAAGAAAACAAUUCUAUGUUAAAUUUUGAACAGAUUUUACGAUGGAGUUAUGAAAUUGCUGCCGGAAUGCAUUAUUUACAUGAAGAAGCUCCUGUCAAAGUUAUUCAUAGAGAUUUAAAGUCUAAAAAUGUUGUCAUUAGUGCUGAUUAUGUAUGCAAGAUAUGUGAUUUUGGAGCUUCAAGAUUUAUAGAUAGUACUACUAAAAUGUCUGUUGCUGGUACUCUACCAUGGAUGGCACCAGAGGUUAUUCAGUGCCUUCCUGUAUCUGAAAGCUGUGAUGUGUGGUCAUAUGGUGUUGUAUUGUGGGAGCUUCUAACACAUGAAGUGCCUUUCAAAGGAAUAGAAGGAUUUCAAGUAGCUUGGGCUGUUGUUGAAAAAGAAGAGAGAUUAACAAUCCCUAAAUGUUGUCCUCCAAGAUUUGCUGAGCUAAUGACUGCUUGUUGGAGAACUGAUCCAAAGGAAAGACCAAACUUUUCUGAAAUUUUGAAAGUCCUUUGUUCAAUGCAGAAUGAUGAUGCAUUCUGUGAUGAAUUAUCUCUUUACCUUAGCUCUAAGAGUGUUUGGAGAGAAGAAAUUGAAGCGACUUUAGAAUUAAUGAAGAAAGCUGAGCAUGAUUUGAAUCAAAAACAAAAACAUCUUGAAGAAUGGGAAUUGAGACUACUGGAGAAAGAAAAGAAAUUGGAUAGGAAGAAAAAAUACAUGCAAUUAUAUGAACUAGACAUAAAUACGUGGACAUCUGAAGAUGUGUGUCUGUGGAUUAAACAACUAGGAUUAGAAGCAAACUCCAAUGAUUUAGAUCAAUAUGCUGAUUUGUUUCUUGAACAGCAGAUAAAUGGAAAACGCUUGUUACUCAUGACAUCUGAGGAUUUAAAAGAUAUGGGAGUGACUACAGUGGGACAUAGGAUCCAUUUAAUGGAUGAAAUAGGGAAAUUAAGAAGUCAUAAUAAGAGAAUGUUGCAUUUUCCUCCUUUAGAACAAACAGUCCAACAAAGUGCCUCUUCCACUUCCAUACGACCCACCACGAUGCGACUCAUUAUUCUCUUUGGCAAUCAUGUCCGCCUUGGAUCCACACCUCAAGAACACAAGUGGAAAAUGUAUGUAGAGGUAGAUGAAGGAGAUAGUCCUCUGACUACAGUAGCUUGCAUCAAAGAAGUUAGCUUUGAAUGUCGGCACGCUGGACUACCAGUUUCUAGAAUAACUCAACCUCCUUUUGUAAUGGAUCGUUGGUGUGUUGGAAUAAAACCAGACACUGUUGUUUCAUGCAUUGUUACAUAUGAAUCUAUUGUAAAAAAACCAAGGUUCACUCAACACUUCCACCAGGUUGUGGCUGAAGGCAACACUUCUCUUCAGAAAGAAGUGGUUCUCACCCUUCGGGGACUCUCUCAGAGUAGAAAGAAACAGAAUGCCCAACAUUGCAGAAGUGCACCAACUUUGCCAAAUGUCUGGGAAAAUCGGUUUCGGCCAGAAUCUUUUUCAUUACCUCAGGGUAAAACAGAAAGAGGAACAUGGGCCAAAGUUGUUUCCGGCGAUUCAACCAUCCCACCUCUUCAAAAGAAAAAGUUUGAAAGUUUUGUAGACUCUGGCAGCAGCAGCGAGGGAGACAGUAUAUUCGAGAGCAUGAAAAGUAUCGGCCGACAGCUCCUGGAAGACACCCAACCCAUGUCCAGAAUGAAAAAGGUAUCCUUCACUCUUCACAGCUCCAGUUCCUCCGAGUCCAUCGGAAGCGAUUCCGUCCAGUUCUCUUCUAAGGUUUUUGAAGAGAGGCGACGCAGCACUCCAACCUGUCGCCCUCGAUUCAAGUACAGACAUUCAGCCAGUGAUUCUGGAUUUCCCAUUGGCAAUGACUUCAAGACCAAAUUUGACAAGGAUGCUCGUUUUGUAAAGUUCAGGGAAUGUAGGAUCCGACUCCAGAGCGAGAUGGAUCGAUUCAUGACAGAUGACAAAGAAGGAUCUUCCUUUGAGUCUGUGACCAGAAAAGCUAAAGAGGCUUUCAACGAUCCAGUAGAGGAUGCACUGGGAGAUUUUCCCCUGAAUUUUAGGAGACGCCACAAAGGAAUCGGACGUGGAGCGGGUCUGUUUCGUUCAGAAAAUGAAUGGAUUUCCAGAUAAAGUUUCAACAUUUGUACCAGUAAUAUAUUUGUAAUAGAAAUCAUUCUUGUGAAUAAAUUCUUUUUCACUGAGAAUGAAACAAUCUAUAGUGGUUUGAAGUUGUAUUGGUACUUUUAGAUUUGAGUAUAUUAACUCUAUAAAAGUUGCUGGUGUAUGAGUUUCUAAAAACUUGCCUUUGAUUUAGUGAUACUAGAAAAAGUAUGAAACGUAUAUACCUAAAAGGGUGCUUCGAAAAGAAUUCAACUAUCAUCUCAUGUUAGAAUUAAGUUUAUUUUGUUAUCAUGUAUAAUGUUAUAUCUACAAAAGUAUUUUUACCAUACCGAUUUAUUCUAUCAAAAAUUUUAGUUUUAUUCUAAAAUUGUCUCUUGUCAAAAAAUUGUGUGUGUGUUUGUUUUUUAAAUAGUAGUGUUGCUUAAAUUAAUUGAUAUCUUUUUUUAAAAUAUUGAUGUUUCAUAUUUUAUCUUUCUUGUAUGCUAUCUUUCUUCUUGUUUUCAUACAAGUAGUUGCUGUUAGAGAUUGAGAUGUAGUACUUAAUGGAAUUAUUGAAUUUCAAUUUUCUCUAGUCAUUUGAUUUCUUUUUUUUAUCUGUUGUCAGAGGCAGCAAAUAAUUUAUUCUAAUUAAUGGACAUUUUAAGCAUGUGCAUAUUGUUUAUUUGUUCAUUAACUCAUAAGAGGAACAAUAUUUGUGUAUAGAGUAACUUUUAUGUUUCAUUCGUUUAUUAUCUGAUUAAGAUAGAUGUUAUUCGUGUUGUUUUAUAG